AGAAAUAUUUCCGGUGUGCAGAAAGGCGUAUCCCCAAACCCUUUGGUUACUUUGUCUUUUGGAACUUCUUGUGGAUGUUUUUUUAAGUUGUCACUACUAAGCAACUUGCUUAAUUCCGACACAAAUCUUUUUCUUGUUUUUUUGAAAAGGAUAAAGUAUUUAGUGUAAAGAUUUCAGCAGGUUCGCAAAGACGAAAAAAUAAGAGUUUACUCCAGCUAAAAAUUAACGCAGCAGCAUUUGACUUAUUUUCCACUGGUGUUACUGUUAGCAGAAAGAGAAAGGUACUUUACACAGGAAGAUGGCAGAUAAUAAGGAGCUGGCGUGGGCAUUGAAAACUGGAGACCUAGAAGAGGUCAAAGCAAAAGUGAAAACGAAUAAAGAGGCAAACGGCAUACUAGAAAAUGGAAGGAACCCCCUUCAUGUUGCUUCAGACUACGGGCAUGUAGAUGUUGUGGAAUACCUCAUUUCUGUUGGAGCAGACAUUAAUGCCAAAGACAAAUAUGGGUUUACUCCACUGAUUUCUGCCUGCUUUGAGGGUCACCUCCAAUGUGUCAAGCUCCUGCUAGAAAAGGGAGCUGACCGAAGCAUAAAAGGACCUAAUGACCAAACAGCCUUUGAAGCUGCCGACAGUGAAGCUAUAAAGGCUCUGUUCAAGUGAAACGCCACAGUAUGGGGGGCGUAGCUGGACAGGUGGGUGAACAGGCAUACAGACGGACAGAAGACGGACUCACCUCUUUUACUCCAAUCCACCUCUGUCCUUCCACUGCUUUGGUCUGUUUGUUGGAGGCUCAUCUAGUCUGUCUGGUGUAUUUCUUUUACAUUAUUCCCCCCCCCCCAACCUUCUACGGCAUCAUUUUUACUUUUUCUUCUUUUGGUCUUUCUCUGUAGCCCUUUCAUAAAAGAGACACUAUGUCUCCCUUUGUUUAUUCAAUAUUUUGAGAGUGCUGUUGACAUUAAAAUCCACUUGGGGGACAUUCAUCUUCUAAAACUGUAAAGAAAUUGAGCAGUAGUAGACAAAAAGAUUUUUUUUCUUUUCUUUUCUUUUUCUAGUCUUAUUUCCUUAACAGCUACUAUAAUGAGCGGCUAAAAUGAUGAGUUCUGAAGCUGCCUGGUUGAAAACCCUGAAUCCGUGGCCUCUUCUUCAGUUCUUCUCACCAAACGUUCAACUCUUGAUCUGUUAGAAGGAGAAGACGCUUCUCUGAUCCUCUGCUCGGCGUCCCUCUCAUAUCAAGCCCUUUCUGACUCCUUUUACAUUAUAAAUGCAUUUAAGAUAUUCUUUUGACCAAUCACAAUGCUGGCUAACUAGACUUGAAUGUUGCAGCUUUAAAGUGGCAUUAAACCUGUAAUGAUGCAUCCCAAAUGCUACUGAAUUUUGACUCCAAGGUAUCAUUUUGUCCUUUUUGCAGUGAAUCUUAAUUUUUCUUUUUUGCCUCAUCUUUGUGUGAAUCUGAUGGAAUCAAUCAGAGAUGAUGGGGGGAGGGGGGCUGGAUUGUGGGGGCUGCAAGGAUCCUCUUUGCUUUUGGUUUGAUUAAACUUCCUGCCUAUUGUGCUGCAUGUGAAACCGGCCUUUGCUUUAACAAUAAGACAUGGUCACUGUCUUCUUAGGUUGCUUUUGAAUAAAUUACUACUAUGUAACGGACAAAAAAAUGCUCUCACUGACUUCAUUGUGACAAAGGUCUGUUAAAAAAAUAAAUAAAUAAAAAUAUUAAUACAAA